CCGGCGCAAGACCCACUCCUCACUCGAUCGUCUUUGAUAGCGUUAUUCCGUUAAAAAAUAGCUGGAGAUGGCAUUAUAUUCCAAUCAGCAACGAGAAGAAGAAGAAGAAGAAUAUCUCGACCUUCUCACAAACGAAGGCCUGAAAACAGGAACUUCAAAGCCAAGGCCAGUUGUUCAUACAGAUGGGGAUUAUCAUCGAGCUGUUCACGUGUGGAUUUUUGCAGAGAGUACCCAAGAGUUGCUUCUGCAGCGACGUGCUGACUGCAAGGAUUCGUGGCCAGGGUUGUGGGAUAUUUCCAGUGCUGGUCACGUAUCAGCUGGCGAUACAUCCCUUCAAACAGUGAGGAGGGAGCUUCAUGAAGAGCUUGGUGUAAAUCUUCCGAAGGAUGCAUUUGAAUUAUUAUUCGUUUUUCUUUCAGAGUGUACCAUAAAUGAUGGCAACUAUAUCAACAAGGAAUUCACUGAUGAAUAUCUUGUAACUACUCUGGAACCGAUUCCUCUCGAAGCCUUUACCCUUCAGGAAACUGAAGUAUCAGCUGUUAAAUAUAUUUCUUGGAAGGAUUAUAAAACCCUACUUGAGAAAGAAGAUCAAGAUUAUGUCCCAUACGACACAAGUGGGCAGUACGGCCAGUUGUUCAAUAUCCUAGAGAAAAGGUACAAAGAGAACAAGGAGGCACGUAGUCUGACUCUACAGAAACAACUUAGUCGUUAUGCUCCUAUUCAUAUUGAUGCGGAGUUGUCUGGGCUUUCAGAAGCAGACAGGGAAGCAUUGGUCCUUCUCGUUAAAGCUGCAAAGGUUAUUGAUGAGAUCUUCUAUUUGCAGGUCUGGUAUAGCAAUCCAGCAUUGCGGGAUUGGUUGAAGGAGAAUUCGGAUACGUCUGAUUUGGAUAAAUUGAAAUGGCAGUAUUAUUCUAUCAAUAAGAGUCCAUGGUCGAGCCUUGAUGAAAAUAAGGCAUUUCUGACAACUGCUGAUUCUGCUGUCCAGUUGUGUGUGGAAUCCACAAGGCCUGUAUCUGGGUGGAAGGGACUUGAAUAUAGAUCUGCAUUUCCUCUGGUGAAACCUCCUGGUGCAAAUUUCUAUCCUCCAGAUAUGGAUAAAAUGGAAUUUGAGUUGUGGAAGAGCAGUUUAAGUGAGGAGCAACAACAAGCUGCAACAGGAUACUUUCACGUCAUUCGAAGGCAUUGUGAAUCUUGCAAGGAUUCUUCAUUGCUUAUUCCUUCUGCUUCCACUGAUAAGGUUUUGGUGUCCAAGUCUUCGAACUUGCAUGAUCUUUAUAUGGUUCCGUAUUCCAAAGAGUACAGAAAUUUUCUUACAGAAGCUGCCGAACUUCUGCAUAAAGCAGGCGAACUGUCUGACUCUCCUAGUUUGAAGAUGUUGCUGAAAACCAAAGCCAAUGCAUUUCUUUCAAAUGACUAUUAUGAAUCUGACAUAGCCUGGAUGGAGUUGGAUUCUAAAUUGGACAUUACAAUUGGCCCAUAUGAGACAUACGAAGACACACUUUUUGGGUACAAGGCUACAUUUGAGGCAUUCAUUGGAAUCAGAGACGACAAAGCAACCUCUCAAGUGAAACUCUUUGGCGACCAUUUGAAGGUUUUGGAAGAAAAUCUUCCAUUGGACAAUAUUUACAAAUCAAAAGAUGUCGUUGCUGCCCCAAUUCGUGUGAUUCGGCUUGUUUACAAUUCUGGGGAUGUGAAAGGUCCACAAACUGUUGCUUUCAAUUUGCCUAACGAUGAACGCAUAGUAAAUCAGCGUGGAACAUCGAUGGUCCUGCUCAAGAAUGUCUCAGAGGCCAAGUUCAAAAUUAUUCUUCAACCCAUAGCUGAUUCAUGCAUUAAAGAGGAACAAAAGAAACUAGUUGAUUUCGAGUCUUUCUUUACCCAUACAAUUUGCCAUGAAUGUUGCCAUGGUAUUGGACCUCACACCAUCAAGCUUCCAAGUGGUCGACAGUCAACAGUGCGAUUGGAACUUCAAGAACUCCACUCUUCUUUAGAAGAAGCAAAAGCAGAUAUAGUUGGCCUUUGGGCACUUAAAUUUCUCAUCCACCAGGAAUUGAUGCCAAAAAGCUUAUUGAAGUCUAUGUAUGUUUCUUUCCUUGCGGGUUGCUUCCGGUCAAUAGGUUUUGGGUUAGAAGAAGCCCAUGGAAAAGGGCAAGCACUGCAAUUUAACUGGUUAUAUGAAAAAGGAGCCUUUAUUUUGCACUCAGAUGGGACAUUUUCCGUCGAUUUUGCAAAGGUUGAAGGAGCUGUUGAAGGCCUAAGCAGGGAAAUACUGACAAUACAAGCAAAAGGUGACAAGGCUGCAGCAAAGUCACUUCUUCAAGAGUAUGGGAAAAUGACGCAACCGCUGCGUAAUGCAAUGGAGAAACUGGAAAAGAUUCAGGUACCUGUCGAUAUUGCUCCCAUAUUUAGUACGGUGGACAGAGUAAUGGAGAAAGCUCACUAAGAUCAUUAGCAAUCGUUCAAAAAUCUGAAAACUCAACUCGGUUCAAUGACUAGUCAGGUCUGGUCGACUCAGCGACAUGAUCGAAUCUAUAUCUUUGGCUUGACUCGAUAUUUAAGAAGUAUUUACAAUAAUUAGAAAUAAUAAAAAAUUUGCCAAAAAAAAAGCAACAUGGUGAAUGGCACAUUGGUAAAA